AUGGAGAACAAAGUGGCUUACAGCAUCCUUUUUAUCCCUUACAAGUCCGGGCGACGCGGCUCCCUCUCGGCCCCUCCCCUCCCCGCGCCAGGAGGGGGCGUGGCCGACUGUGCCGCGCGGGAACGGAGGUUCGGGGGCGCGCUCGGUGCGGCUGGAGCGCAGCGAAGAGGCGGCGGCGCCCCUGCGGAGGUUUGUCCUUCUCCAAACUGGAUAUCAAACGACUUUCCGCCUUCUGGAAUGGCAGCGUCUUGCCAGCCCUGCAGUGCGGGCCUUACCCAUUGUCACCUGCGCAGGAUUGGCAGCCGAGCUUCUGUUUCUGGCAUUGCGGAUGUCAUCCAUUUCGGGAAGACUGUAACACUGAUUGGCAGAAAGAAAGACGUCGUGGACUAUUUCCUCAGCUGUGCCACCCCAAGAGGAAGCGAUUACAUGUCCCGCAUUCAUGCCCGCGUGAUUCGGACUCGCAUCUAUGAGCUCGUGGACUCCAGCUUGUCAGGGGUGUACGUCAAUGAUGUCCGGAUCCGUGGCAGAGUGGUCUUGCAGGAGGGAGAUACUGUUACAUUUGGCCAUCCCGCCUGGCAGAGCGUAACCCCUGGAGCCCGUGCCCGGCAGCCAAACUCGCCAUUUUACUUCCUGUUUGAACAUUGCCACUGCAGCAUGGAUCAGAUGCAAAGUCUGCAAGGAGAGUUUCCUGUGUUGGCCGCUGCCAGGGCCUCCCAAGAAGUCAGCCUGGGUUUGGAGAUGAAGGCUGUCCUACCCCGGAAGGCGUGUGCUGCACCAGGGGCCCUGCCUGCUUGUCCUGCUCUGUCUGAACAGAACGCGCACCGCGGCUGCUGCCCUCCUGCCGUAGUCUCCGCUCUGACCAUGCCGCUCCCCUCGGCUGCAUCCGUGCAGCCGCCUCUCUCAUCUUCGCCGGCCACAGACUCUCUUCACUUGACUUCAAGUUUGCUGGAAAUGCCAGAUGAUCCUCGGCUGGGUGCAUCACCCGAUUCUGCGCAAGAAGGUUCUGUUCAGCUCACUUCUGGGAUUCUGAGGUCGGUUUCUCCCGAAUAUGCAAUUCUUGAGGAGGAGAGGCCUGUCGCUGCAGCACCUUCUUCCCAAGGAGCUCUUGAAACGAUGUGCGGCUCCUUUCAGGCGGGGGAAAGAGGCAGUCCUGACCCUAGGCUCUCUCCCCCAAGCACCAAAGAGCUGGGCCUUAGUGGCUCUCCGUGUGGUCAGGAAAUAAUGAUGAUGGAAGUUCAUCAAAGUACUGGAGAAACGGCUAAAUGUGACACACCCUGCCUUUCUGAACAAGUGCAGGACACAGAAUUAAUGGAAGAAGCAGCGAGUGGUGGUCAGGUGGCAGCAGCAGGUUGCUCUAAGGAGAGCAGUAUAGAAGAAGGAACUGUGGAAGGACAUGGCGAGCUCUUUGUGGAGAAGCUUUUACCUGAAGCUGUCCUCGGGGAAGCAGAGUGGGCAGCUGAUGAGAGCAUAACGGACAAUUCAUUUGCAAACCAAACGGACAGUCUUGAUACAGAAAUGCUGGAGUUGCUCUCUUCUAGCUCGGGAAGCAGAACUCCUGAGGACCUUCUUAGUGGGGAGGAGCCAGGGAGAGCCUCUCCCGCAAGGUUGACGAUUGCAGAGAAGGUGGGCUCUGGGGCUCCAAACACGACUUUGCCACGUGAGAUCCCAAGUGGUUGCGACACCCGUGAAGCAGACUCACAAGGAAGUGCUUCUGGGGGAGAAGGCGAGGUGGAAAUGUCGCCUCCUAUGAACGCCAGGUGGUUAGCAAUGGAGUGCCAUCUUGGCCCCAGAGACGGGGGCUCGGUCGCUCCAGAGAUGGAGGGGGGCAUUACCGAUGACACUAGCGGCGACGAGAUCUGCUAUGCCGAAGUGGGAACUCAGACGGGGGACAUAAAGGAGAGAGAGAAGGGUCCAGUCGUGGCACAACCUGGAGGAGAAAGGGAUGCCCCUGGAACCUUGGGAGUUCUCCAGCAUGAUGGCAGCACGUUAAACACACACAUGGCUGAGGAGACGCUUCUGCAGCAGUUACCCAAGGCUUCUGUGUUGGAUUUUCCAACCCAUGAGGUCAGUUCCAAGGAAGAGUUUUCCGGAGAGAGGGCUGUAACUGCUGUGGCAUCCUUUGCUGUGAAGCUGGAAAACUCGUCUUCAGGAAAUCUUCUGGAAACUUGCAAAGCAGACACAACGCCGGCAGCUCCUGCUUCAUUUGCUGGCGUGGCUUUGGAGAAAGGGAUUGCUCUCGAGGAGCCACUUGAAGCUGAUCGCCUUGAACAGCCAAUGGACUUGGAGGAGAAGUAUUUUGAGGCAUGUCCCUCUCAGAGGAGCGAGACCUUUACUGAAGGAAUGUGGGACGAAGGGGGUGGUAGUGAUACAGCAGCUGAAAGAGAACUGGAGCACGGAAGGACUGAACGGGCUGAAAUGGACUCCACGGCAGAGGGCCCUCAGCCUGGUGCUUUCAGGCUUGACUGUGAGGGAGAGACGCCCGAAGGAGAGGGUGCUGCCCUGAGACCUGCUCUUGCAUCGCUGGCUGUGUCUCCUGGUGGGGGAGAGCCUGACUCCCUACCUGGCCGUGAGAGCCAGGCCCAAGAAGACCUGGAUCGUGGUGGCACCCCUGGAGGAAGUGAGCCAGAGGCACAAAGAGGGAGAAGCAUGGCCCCAGCAUUGCCUCCUGGGGCUGCAGCUGGAGAAGGUGACCCUGAGGACCAGCCGGAGAGACGGUUGGGUCAGCCCUCUACUGCCCUGCGAGUGAGCGGUGGCGGUGCAGGAAGCCAUGGAGGGGAUGCAGCACAUUCCUCUUCGACUUCGGCAUAUGGACACGCAAGGCUGCUUCCAACUUUCCGGCUACCUGGCGACACCCUUGAAGAAGAAGGGAUCCAUCACUCAGAAGACAUUUGCAUAGAUGUACCAUUGUCAGUUCAAAGAAGUGAAGGAACUGAAGGGGGCAUGUUGGGAUGUGAAAACAGCCUCCUUUGGCCCAAGCAAGGUGACUGUGAGGAUGCCCAGGAUGCAGACCGGAAUGACGACGUCCACGCAAGGGCCCAGGGCUGGGCUGUGGGUGCCAAGCCCAUAGAAGAUGCUCACGAGCAUCACAAGACAGUAGCACCGGAGCAAAAUGGCACCCCAGCGGAAAGACAGACUCACUGCCAUGAGAGCUAUGGAGUGUCUUCUGGUUGCUCAACCCACCUGGGGUUCCAGGAAGAGUCUCCUCUGCCUCAGGACAGCCAAGAGCCAGAGUUGCGUGCUGGUGAGCCCCGGGGCCUGGAAAAUAGUCCCGAGCCGAAGCCCCAAGGAGCCAGUGCUGGGAAAGGGCCACUUUCCCCUGAUGACCUCCCUAUGGAAGGCAGUGCUGGGGAGGAAGUUUGUGAAACGGAGAUGGCUGUGGAGUGUUUAGCCCCACCCAGGCCAGGAGGCUGCAGUGAAGAAGUCACUGUCCCUGAAGAGGGCGAUGGGCUGGAGCAGAGCCCCAAAGGCCCACUCUGCAGGGAAGAAGAAGAAGAAAGCCGUUUGUCACUGGGCUUUUCUGCAGCUGGCUCUGGAGCUGGCUCUGGGAGCGCUCUCCCAGGAAGCACAGCCAGGCACCUUCCCAGGGAAAGCCCAGCUGUCCCUGUGGCGGCCCCAGAGUCCUCCAGCAGUGAUGAGCUCAACUUGCACAUAUCCGACUCUGAAGCCGAAAGAGAAGAAAAUGGCAGCAGCCAAGCCCACCGUGUUUCUGGCAGACAAGCCAUCAUUCUGCAAGAAAGAGAUGCUUUAAUUUCAGAUUCAGCGGCGCAUCUGGGUGAGGUGGCGGAGAACAGCGAAGCGUGUGGCAAAUUGACUGCGCGGGGUCCGCGUGAGGCUGCCCGCCAAGAAACUGACAAGGCUGCGAGCACUUUGGAACAGCAGGACCCGUCCCCUUGCGAACCUUGCUGUGGCCUAAGCAGCAGCACGCUGGCUCUGCCUCAGGCUUCUGUUGCAGACAUGGCUGUUGGUGAAAAAUCACCACUUUUAGGGCAAGCUGCAGCAGUGGCUGAAGAACUAGAGGACCAGGCUGUUGAAGGGACAGAACUCGUGCCUCUGAACCUUUCACGUGUUUCUGGAAAAGAUUUGUGUCCCUUAGAAAGCGAUGCCAAACUUGGGACAGAGGUGCAAGCCCCAGGUGGUGGUCCUGGACUGCCGGAAGAGGUUGGUUCUGAGCUUCUUGAAGACUGUGGGCUUCUGGAUAGCAGGUUUGCCAGACAGCCAGGAGGGGGGACUCUUGAAGCUGGAGAAACUCACGGGGAGCGUCUGCAAAGUGAAACCCCAACCAGUGUCUGUGUGGGGAAAGUUGAUCAUGCCCAGAAGACAGGAGGGAAAGCACUGUUACGCUUGAAGCCGGGAACGGAAACGCGGCGGCCCCAAGAAAAUGCAAGCCAAUCUGAAGAGGGUCCGGGAUGUGGUGACGAGUCAGAGAAUUCAGAGUAUGGCAGGAGUCCUUUUCCAGAGGAAGAGGAAGAGGAAGAGGAAGGCUGUUCCUCAAGAAAAAGGCCUUUCGGUGAAGACCAGGGGCUUGGGCUGCUGGAUUCAGAACAUGCUUCUCGCGGUCCAAAGAGGCUCUGCCUGCUGGGUUCUGGGUCCGACUUGCACUCGUCCGCCCAACUGCUCACUGCCCCCCUUGAUUUAGAGCGGCGUCAGGACCAGUGCGGCAGAACUAUAGAGAAGUUUGUUGAGCAGUAUAGCAACCAGAUAACGCUGCACUCUGACGAGAAGGAAGAGAAGAAUACGGACAGCAUUGCCCAGAUAGUGAGAACUUACUUUAACAGGGUACCUGGCCCCGCGGAACCAGCGGGUGAAGAUCUGGAAGCAGAAAUGUCUGCACUGCCCCAUGAAGUAGGAAUUUCUGAAGAGACGGAUUGUAAGUCUGCAGCCAGGUCAGAGGCGGAGAGAAGGUCAGCCGGUGAGGAGCGAGAUCCAUCUCUAAGACUAGAUGCUGAGCCUCAAGUGAAUCGGGUCAAGCCCUGGGAUCCCUCCCUGGAUGAGCCAGGCUCGUCUGCACGUGCUGUCUCCCAUUCUUUGGGCUCCCAUACUCAACAACCAAGCCAAGAAUUGGCACACGAUGUUCCUGAAAGUGUGUGGAAAGCUUGCUUAUCCGAGGAGGAAGAAUUUCAGUCCAGCAUUAAUUCAGUGUUAAAACAUUCUCCGUCGAAUGCUCCUGGUGCGUCUCCUGAGAGGCAGUGUGUGCAGGAGCCCUGUGGAAAGAACAUGGACUUGGUUUUUUCUGAUAUCUCCAAUAGUUCAACAGAGACUGAACACUCUGAGCUUUUCCCAAAACCAGAAAGCAGGAGCUCUUUUGGAACGGGAAGUGGACAGCUCCAUGAAAUGCUUUCUGAAGCUGCAGAGGUAGACUGGCCUUCAGGGGGGUGCUGCUCCCCUGAACCCGCUGACAUGGACUGGCGUAAGGAGGACAGAAGCGCACCCUCUGACAUGCGUGUGUCAUCUUCUGAAAGCGUCCUGACUCCCAAAGGGGAGGUGCUGGUGGAACCCGGAAGUCAUCUUGAUGCCGUUGGAGAGAACGCUGACGCGCCUGUUCUUCAGCAGGCAGAUGGUACGUUUGAUGGGGAAGAGAGCCAUAAGGCUCCCGACACAGAAGCCUCUGAAUGGGUCACAUCCUGCACAAGUGACCCAGUUGGGGAAACCAGAGAGGACCCGGAUGAGAGCACUAGUAAGAUGCAAAUAGAAGACGGCACUUUCCUCCGAAGAAGCCAUGAAGAUCCCCCGUCCCAAGAGUUGGAAUGUAAACCCAGCCCUCCCCAGCCUUCUGAUUCGACUCUCUGGAACGAUGCUGUGAAGGUGGAGCCGACUCGUUGUCCGGAAUGGGAGCUCUCCUCUGAGGAGGGGCAUGCGUCUCCCUCGAGCACAACUCCUGCUGCCCCUGCUUCUGAGUCAGUCAGCUGCCCCACUGUGGCUGAUCCUUGGGGCGAAGGUUCUGCACUGCCGAGCUCCUCUCUGCUACCCUCCGUGGCCUCUUGCCCUGGCCAGACUCGAGCAUGCAGUCAGGCCGAGAAUUCCUGGUUUCCGCUGAAUGGAUCGUGUUCGCUCGGAUCUGUGAAGCAGGAAGGAGGUGUCACGGCAGUCGAUGCUGGUGCACGCAGGAAGUGCCAGAGCAGGGAAGACCGUUCCUUCCUUUGUCCCCUGCCGCCUCGUGGCCCUGCUGGCAUAGCUGAUAACCCCCAGAGGAAAGGCUUUGGGGGAAGUCUUGAAAGGGACCUGGGCAGAGGCGGGGCAGGAUGGGCAGGGCAAACAGACGCCAGCAGUGCUGCCCAAGGAGAUGCUGCGCCCUUCCUGACUGUUGGUGUGGGUGUUAAUCAGGUUCCAGCUGGUAGCCCCUUGGUCCAGGGAGAUGCUCCAGUAUCGGUCCAGUCGGCUGGUCUGCCUUUUGUUUCUCAUGUCUUUAAAGAAGAAGCAGGACAUCCAUGUGAUCCCCAGAUACAGUCUGCGGGCAGCAGCCCUUGCGGGCCUUACCCCACAGCUUGUUCUCCAGUCGUCCCAAUUUUGCAGAAGCCCAGAACGGCCGAGGCCUCAGCAAAUCAGGUGCCAGAGAGAACUGGAGGUCCUGUGAAUUUUCACGAUAAAGACAGACGGCUCCUUCUUCAUCGACUGGAUGAGGCCGAGGUGUCCAGGCAGCCAGAUGCAGCGAGUGUGCAGUCUGGUGACGAACAUCCCAUGUGUGUUGAAGCCAAGGAGGGACGCUCUUCCACACCCAUGGUCUGCCCCAGGGCAUCUGAUCCUCCACCCCAGGGCGAUCCUUGGCCUUAUGGCGAUGGUUCUGUUCAGAACUCAAGUCCCAGCAGUGCAGAUGGAGCAGAGAGUAGCCCUGGGAAGCACUGGGCGUCCUCAGAGCGAGACGUUGCUUUUCAGCUGCAGGAGUGCCACUCUGUGCUGGAAGAGAUUUCGCAGUCCCUCUGUGCCGUAGAGGGGAUUGAUGACAUGCAUAUGGAGAAAUGGAGGGAGCAGAUUGCAGAGCUGCAGAAGGCUACCAAAAUGCCCAGCACCUACAUCGCAGUGGUGGGGAACACCGGGGCAGGGAAGAGCAGCCUGCUAAAUGCCCUGCUGGAGGAGGAGGCUGUGCUGCCCACCUCCGCCAUGAGAGCCUGCACUGCGGUGGUGGUGGAGAUCUCCAGGGCUGUGGGGGGCAGGCCCUACGAAGCAUGUGUGGAAUUUCUCUCACAGGACGAGUGGUAUAAGGAACUGAAAGCUCUCCUUGAAGACAUGAAGGAUAAGUCUGGAAAUCUGAAGAAGCGGUGCCCGGACCGCAAGACAGAAGCUGGAGCAGCCUACAGUCGGGUGAAGGCUGUGUAUGGGAGAGUAGACGAGGUGGCGAAGCUGGAGGGCAUUCAGGAAGUGACUCAGCACCUUGGGACCGUGAAGAACAUCUCUGCUGAGACGGCAACAGAGUUCCGCACGAACAUUGAGAAAUUCAUUGAUUCUCGAACGGAUAAUUUGCGUGAUAUGAAAGGUGGGGAGUUUUGGCCAAUUGUGAAAUCUGUGAAGAUCCGUGUUGCCCAAGCAGAGGUCCUGAGGACUGGUGUGGUAUUGGUGGAUCUGCCUGGAAUCCGGGACUCAAACGCAGCCAGGGAUAAUGCAGCCAAAGAGUACUUAAAGAACUGCAAUGCCGUGUGGGUUGUCGCCAGUAUCACCCGGGCCGUGGAUGACAAGACGGCAAAGGAGCUCCUGAACUCCAACCUGCGCCGGCAGCUGUUCAUGGACGGCCAGUACGGGAACUUGGCUUUUGUGUGUACCAAGACCGACAGUUUCAACAUCACGGACAUAGUCAGGGACCUGGACUUGAGAGAUGAGAUCCAGCCCUUGGAAGAGGAACUGGAAGAGCUGGAACACCAGAGGAUGGAAGCGGAAGAGGAGAAGGGGACCCUUCACUUGGUUCUGCAGCCAGGGCAGCAGAGGCAGGGAGUCGAUGCCCCAGAUCCAGCCUGGCUGCAGAGACAGCAUGACUUCCUGGAAAAAGAGUUCAGGAUCAGCGCCUUGCAGAAGCAGAAGGACGCAAAGCUCCGUGCCAUUAGUCUGGUCUGUGUCCAGGCCCGGAAUAGGUUUUCCAAGCGGCGGAUCCGGAUGGAUUUCAGCAGUGGCCUGGAGGAAUUGAAAAGGAAGGCUGAUGAUGAUGAAUGCGACGAUGAUGGUGAUGAAGACAUGGAGGAUGGGGACUUUGCCACUUCAGACCCCGGUGACCUUGAAGAAGCUAAAUCCCAGCAGGAGAAGCUCCACGUUUUUACUGUCAGUUCCACAGAAUAUCUCAAACUUUGUGGGAAGCUCCUCCGAGACGGCCCACCGCAAGUCUUCCAUGACCCCAAGGACACAGAAAUACCAGCCUUGAAGAAUUUCGCCAUUGAGACGGGCUUGAAAAACAGCGUGAAAGCAACGGAAAAGGUCGUCAGGGACGUGGCUCGUGUCAUAAGCCAAAUAGUGAACUAUCUGACCAACCAGAGAGCGGAGGAUAUUUCUCAUCAGGCCCAAGUCCAGGAAAUCCUGCAGCGGUCCUUGCAGGACGUCCCCGGGCUCCUCCAAGAGGCUGCAGAUGAUAUCCUGCCCGACAUCCAGUACUACUUCAAGGUCCUGAUUCAAAGGAGCCUCAGCAGGGGCACCAAAAAGGUCAAGGAACUGUGUGAAGACAUAGUCAAAGGUUGGGGCAUGCCUGAAGGCUUCCCACACGCCACAUACCACGCUGCCUGUAUUCGCCAUGGUGUCUACGCGUCUCCAAAAUGUGGACCUGUGGAUUUUAACGCUCACCUUGCCAAGCCAAUACAUGAAGCCAUCACUGCAACCUGGAGCGAGGUAUUCAGUUCCAAGUUGGAAGAAUCCUUUCAACGCUUCACGAAAGCUGUAUUGGAUAAGCUGAAAUUCUUCUUCCAAGAUCUCAAGAGGAAGCUGGGUGAGCAAAGCAGCCUGGCCGAGGCCCUGCGCACCCUUCGUUUACAGCAGAUGGAGGCAGUUAAUGCCAGGCUGUGCAAUUUCCUGCUGGACCAGGAGACCCACAUCAGCAACAAGCAGCGGACCAUCUCGCGCCUCCUGACGCCAGAAAUCCAGGCUGGCAUGGAACCAGCAUAUGCAGCGUGCAGCCAAAUGUCUGGCCCUGGCUAUUUCCAGAAGAUGAAGGACGUGAUGGAGAGCUACGUCCGAGACAACAAGGACUUCAUCUUUGAUUCUGCCACAGCAAAGGUGCAGAAGAAACUUCAUCUGCUGCAGCAAUACAUUGGAGGGAGCUUUCAGAGCUUGGUCCAGGAGCUGAAUAAAUCUCUCAGGAUGCAGUUUGAGCCUCUCCUGAAGCCCGUGCAGAAGAAUGCAGACAUAAUUCCAGAUCUGAUGAACAUCUGUGCCAAGGUUGACAAGAUUUGUAAGCGCUCUUGUGUGGAGUAUGUCCUCCCCAACAUCACCCAAGUGGAGGCCGGAUCCCUGGAGACAGAGACCGAACAACAGGGGAAUUCCCCCUGCUUCUCAGCACUGGGCACGGGCAUCCGGCUCGGAGCAGUGCCUCUUCCUCAUGUGACAGCCGUCCAGCAGUCCCCAUACGAGGCGGAGAAGCUUCAGGAUGUCCCUGCAGCAGAUGGUUCCUCCCCACCACACCUGCCGCAGGUGAUCUCUGUUGUGCAGCAGCAGCCCCAACGCGCCCAGGUGAACUUGCAGCUUUAUGGCAAGAAGAGAUCCGGGGAGGCCCUCCAGCCCCUGUUGGGGAAGAGGCCCAAGAGCCAGGCCACUGCACACAAGGCAGGGCCUGACCACACUGGGCACCCUCUGCCCAGCUUCAGCUGGAGCACAGAAGGCCGGAGGGUGCCCUGUGGACAAAGCACUGCGUCGGGUUCUCUGCCUGCAAGCGGAGAGGGUGUCCCAGAGGACUGCAGGCGGAACUCAGGCUGGCUUGCGGGAGCAGACCAGUACAGGACACCUGCCAGUGAGCUGAUGGCCAGUCCUGGUCCAGCAGGUGCUCCCAUACGAGCCGGAGAGGGGAUUUGGGCGAAGUGCCGUGAUCCAAACUCCAAGGGGGAGACUGCCGGGACCCCGAAGACUCGGCCGCCAGCGAGUGGCCAGGAGGCCUCCCCACUGGAGAGCACCUGGUGGGGGCGCAAAUGACUCCCCCGGCCCAGCGCAGAAGGGGACGGUGUGACGGCAGCGGGGCGGCCUCUGCGUGAGAGCCCUGGCUGCACUUCUUCGUGGGGAGAAGGCUGAACGUUGUCAAGGCUGUGCCAGUCACACACACACACACACACACACACACCCCUCCUUUUUCAAGCAGGUGCCAAUUCCGCUGUCCUGCAACCUCAGCUCUGCCUUUCGUGCCCCUGAGGCAGCCUGAGGGCUUUGGGGCAAAGAGGGUGUCUGUGUCCUGUUGGUGGGAGGGGGGGCAGAUGAUGGUGGUAAGAACAUCCCACUGUUGACACCAAGUGGAGCCGCUUGAGAAGGCGGCCAUGCAAAGCCCCCCUCCCUUUAGCCGCUCCCUCCCCAUUUUGCUUAGCGUUUCACUGGCAUUUUUGCAAAGGGGGGGGGGCUGGGGAUCCCCAUUGUCCUGCCAGUUGGAGACUCACCUUAAACACCAAUCAUAAAAAUUUUCGCAGAGCACUGGAUGGAUCGCUCUGUUGCUGUGGCCGAGUCCAGGGCGUUCUGUAAUCAGGAGGACCCCCCCCCCCUGUAAGGUGGAUCUCUUUUGAGCAGGUGCCCUACAAGAGACCAGAUGGGGAGGGACCCUUGAUUUGCCAAGAUGAGAUUUUUUUUAAGCAGCUGCACAAAUCUGUGGCCCUCAUGCUCGUUGAGUUCAGAUAACUGGGCCCAAAUGCAAGAGAAACGCCCACCCUUUAGUUCCAAGUUUCCCUAGUUCGAAAUGCCUCUUGACGCCUGCCCAGAGCACGCCUCUGUUCCCUCCUGGCACUUCAUUGGGUCUUCUGUUCCUGCCUAGAAUCUGCACUGAAGGUGGGUGGUGGGUUCCCUUUUCUCUCUUCAUUGUAAAUAAACCGCUUGCCUUGCUCUGAUUUGGA